GGUAGAGGGGUAGAGAGAGCAGCUAUUUUGAAAGUGACCCCUCAGUCAGGCAGCAACUCUGCAGCUGUCAGGAACUAUGACUGAAGAUGACGGAUUCUGUUGUCGUGGAGGGAUAUGCCAGACUCCGAGAUGGAAAAAAGUGGAAAACUAGGUGGCUCGUUCUUCGCAAGCCGUCGCCUGUAGCAGACUGCCUCACACUGCUGAUUUUCAAAGACAAGUCCGACAAAGCACAGGGAAUCAAGGAGAGAGCCAGUGUCACCUUGGAGGAGAUCUGCGGCCUGGAGGCAGGAGAGUGGUAUGAGGGUGUGGCUUUUACUCUGGUUAUCCUUUGCCUGAACCAGGCUGCUCUACUGGGCUUCGACAGCAGGGAGGCCCUGCAAGCCUGGGAUAUCCGCCUGCGAUACAGCCUCGGAGAGGUUCACAGAUUCAGUGUUGGAGUUUUACCGGGGACCAAGUUGGAGAGUGGGCCUGCAACUCUUCAUUUAUGCAAUAACUUACUGGCUCUUGCCCGAGACGUCCCUCCUGUUAUUAUCGGCCACUGGAACCUUCCAGACCUGCGCAGAUAUGGACCUGUACCCAAUGGAUUUGUAUUUGAGGGAGGAACAAGAUGUGGUUAUUGGGCCGGUGUUUUUCUGCUUGCAUCUGCUGAGAGUGAGCAGAUCAGCUUUCUAUUUGACUGCAUCGUCAGAGGCAUCUCCCCCACCAGAGGCCCGUUUGGACUGCGGCCAGUUUUACCAGAUCCCAGUGCCAGUCAGACCAAUGCAGAGGAGAAGUUGAACCAUGAAACCCAGGAGCUGGAGAAACGGCUGAGCAUGCUCUCUCACAGGAGCAGCACAGCCUCGUCCACAUACUGCCCAUCUGCUGGAGGAGACGACCGCAGCAUAUCCGGUUCGUCCGACACUUCCGACACCAGCCAAUCAGACUGCAGUAUUGGCAGCCGACUGGUCAUUUGGACCGAACCGACCGCCACUCAGUCUGAGAAUGUCAGUCAUGUGCCCAACAAAGUGGCACUACAGAGCACUGAGAAACUGUCAGUCAGUGAUGGAGCAGGAAGUCGGCCUGCAACCAAGCCCCCCCGGCAACUUCAAGAUAUUGGCCGUCAGAGUUCAUCUGACAGUGGCAUUGCCACUGGCAGCCAUUCCUCUUACUCUGGAAGUUUUUCCUCCUACACAGGCAGCCUGGAUACAACCUCAGCAGAGGACUUAGGGUCUGUUUUCAGCUUACCUCCCCACUUGGCCAUUGACCUGAGUCCUUGUACUUGCCCCAGUAUGCCUGGUCAUGAGUACCAGGUACCAACAUCAGUUAGGUAUCUAUAUGAAUCUCCUCGGAGUCUUUUACAGGAGGAAAAUGUGGGUACCAAAGACAAUAAGUCCUCCACACCAACUAAUGAAACUUGUGCUCCAUCAGGCCCCACCACAAUGUUGGCAAAGGGGGAUGAAGGCAGUGUCAAAACUUGUGCAGGUGAUUCAGAAACGUUUGAAAGACAAUCACUGAGUGAACACUCACAGGGCCUUUCAGAGGAGAGUAAAAAAAAGGUGGAACCCUCCAGUGAACAUCCUGACUCCUGUCACAUUUGCAGAUCUGUCACAUCCGUCUCCAAAACCAUUGUGGCCAUUUGCUCAGUGUGUGGUGGGUUUAAGGGAGUACCGUGCAUUCCUGCAAGUGGUUCAGCGAUAUCUGCCAUACCAGCAGAUCGAAGUGCUGACAAAUCACCAUGCAGACCCAGCACUGCCACACAAUACAGCGUCACAGUGAAGAAAGUUGUGGAGAAGUUCUGGCCUUCCUCUGCUUGUCCUGUGGAAACUUCCAGAACCAAAGACACUCCACUACCAAAAAAAGGGAAAGACAAAAUAACUAGUCUUUUAACUGAUAUGCUAGGCUUUCCAAGUGCAGAUAGGCCGCCAGAGGCAAAGACAAACAGAUUGAAUUUGUAUGAAUCAAUGAGUUCUGCUUUUGGAAAUGAGCAUAAGUUGACAUCGACUGGAACCCAUAUACAUUUGCAAGAGUUGCAGCAAGAUGGAAGAGCAGUCAUUUAUGAGAACUGUUUCAAGUGUCAAAGCGAGCACUGCCUCCCUCCUCUCCGGGCCACACAUCCUGAGAUUUACCACAACAGGAACAUUCCCACGUUCCAAAAGUUUCCAUCGAAUCUGCACCUGAAGAAAAGUCACGGACAUGAUGUAGCUGUUAAUGAGUCACUGCUCUGUCAUGGUGACAAUGAUGAAUCACAUAGUAUGGACGUGCAGUGUCAUUAUGAGGAGAUGAAUGGUCGCUCAGUGACCGUUGAAGACAAAAGGCUUAUUGGCAAAGAGGAUAGACGCAGAGUUGAUCCUGCUCAUGCGAUGAUGGAGAAUCGGUUGUCUGAGGCAGAGGAAAAAAACAAGUAUGAGUUAAUGGGCGGCUGUGGUCAGCACCGGUUCUUUCAAGAGACUGAAGGGGCAAUAUUCACUUACCCUCCUGGGGCAACAGUUCCUGAAAGGUUUUGCAGUGAAGGCGUCAGCGUGACCUAUGUGAAUAUUCCUGUUAGUCCCACAUCUAAGAAGCAACUGAACUACAUGGAGCUGGAGCUGCAGGAACCAGGGCCUGGUACCCGGGGGACUGUCACACAUCUACCAGCUCAGAGGAAGAGCUCCACCAAGUACGCCCUAAUUGACAUCACUGCCACAGAGAUGGCCCACAAAGUCGGAACGCAGCAUGCCCAGGGUCGACAGGAGGGCCUGCACACGUUGGAGCUGAGAAGAAAGGGGACGCCACAUUGAUUUGUUCGUCACUGAACUGCUGAUGAAGCAGGGUGUUUCUGACCAAGACUGGUUCACCACAUCGCACUUCAAAGCUGACUGUUCCAGAAAGAUCCCAAGACUCACUGUGGGAUUCCUUUUAUUCUACUCCGUCUUUUGAAUGCAGAUUCUUUUUUGGAAGUUGCUCCAGCCACUCUGCAUACUCCCAGCUCCCAGUGUGAACGCCAUCUGCCUACUGUCCAUUUGCUUUGAUAUGCAAGGCGACCUCAAGACGGAGCCUCCUGGGAAAGUUUUGACAGGAGAUAAGAGCAACAGUUCAGUCUGGGUCUCCUUUAGGGAAUUGAGCAUCUCAUUAAAUGGCAUGUCAGCACCAGAGCCUCAGGCAAACUUAGAGGAAGAUGUGUCACUCCUGAGCCCUGAAAAGUCACCACAGCAGAUGCAUUUCACAGCUCACUCAGGCCAUUUGUAAUAACAGUCAGAACAGGAGAACAUGGCAGGUUGACAGGAGGUGAAGUUACUUAUUCCUCACUGAUCAGUAACUGCAUGCCCAGCAGCCAGGUUUUUCUUUUGUAUUAUAUUCAAUUUUAGGGAAAAGCUGUAAUCCAGUCUUACCUAGAAUUCUGUUCACGGUUCAGUGAUGGAUCUGUGUGCACUGCACAUAGUGACUUCUGUUUGCCUGGGUGUAACUAAUAGAUUUGUGUUUCUUAUAUGAACAGAAUCUCAAUGCUGCUAUUGUGUGUAUUGUAUUUUCUGCUUCACAAUUCAUACAGACAGGACUUUACUGUGGAAGGUUUUCAUAAAUUAUUCAAAGCACUUUCAACGGGAGGUUGAAAGUUUAAAAUUAGUUUUUAAAUGACUGAAACAACUCAGUGUCAAAGAUAACUGUGUGGCUCUCUGGCCCAAAAUGAUGUGUUUGAAUUUUAUAACAUACAACAUUAAGUAGUUAAACUUAAACUUAUUCCUUAUUGUGUGUGCAACUAGACAUUUUUACUGAAAUGACAAUAAUUAAAACCUAAUUUGCCAAAUAGAGCUGCUCAUCAGAAGUGUUUGUCACUUUGACAUAUGUAAAUAUUUUUUAUUUAGUUGAUGUGAAUUGUAAAGCAUAAACUA